AUGACUACGUAUAUUCCUGCGCUCACCUUGCCGGACUCGGUUUUCCUCAAGCCGGCUCUGUCCGUCUUGCUACCUAUCGGCUUGGGCACGGCUGUUGGCUUCAGCGCUACCCAGACCCAAAAGACGUAUCUUGCACUCAAGAAGCCCUCCGUUCAGCCGCCACCAUGGCUGUUUGGUCCUGUCUGGACUGUUCUCUACGGUGUCAUGGGUUAUGCCGCGUACCGAGUUGCUAACAUCGGCCUUUCCCCCUUCUCAUCUCCUGAGACUAUCGUCAACACCCGGCAGGCAAUGACUCUUUACUCUAUCCAACUCGGCCUUAACCUUAUCUGGACCCCUCUUUUCUUCGGCCUGUAUCGUCCCAUUGAGGCCUCGGUUGAUAUUGUAACCUUGCUGGGCGUCAACUGCUAUCUCACUUACCUCUACAGCUCCAUUGACUCCGUUGCCGCCUGGUGUCAGGUUCCCUACCUCGGCUGGCUCACCUUCGCUACCUACCUAUGCACCAGCAUUGGCCACUUGAACAACUGGGACUUGUCCGCUAAGGAGGUCAAGAAGCAGUAA